UAUUCUUGAUACUACAGUCCAGAUAUCACAUCCUAGAUACUUCAUGAUGAUAAUAUAUAACAUUAAGAUCAACAAAUAACAGUUCGGUUGUUGAGCUGCAGGUGGCGCUGUGACACGGUUCUUGCUCAUCUGCUUCUUCUUUGUUCUUGCCAACCAACGUCAAGGCGCAGUGCUGCCACCUGAUGUGUUGAUGCGCCACUGCAUCAAUCUUCUGCAGUCAGGGGUUUGACGACAGCGGUCUGAUGACGUCACAGAGGAGCGACACGCUUCGAGGAGGAGAUGUGAAGUCGUCGCGCGGAGAAGAUGAACUCGGAGCAGCUGUUUGUGGAGUACAUGAACGCGCGUGGUGACUCGGAGGUUUGCUGGUUAAAACACGUCCUCAGCUUCAUCACACAUCAGGUGUGUCCACUGCUCACCGACCCCGCCCCUCCUGCUGCUGACGACUUAUUGACAGGAGCUGUGUCUCUGAGUGUGUGUGUGGUGAAGACGCUGCAGGAGAAAACAAGCGUCACACACACGUUACCUGUCAGUUACAGACUGGUGUCCGUCUCGGAGCUGGUCUCCCAGCAGCACCUGGCCUGUGUCAGUCACCUGUCCUGGAGCACCAAUCAGCAGCGAGCAUGGGCGAGGGAGGCGGAGCUCUCUGUACCAGGCCAAAAGGUUCCACCACGGGUCAACUUGUUGCUGAUUGGCUGUCUGAGAGAGGGGCGGGGCGCAGAGUGGCUGCUGACAAACAGCAGUGGGAGUGUCAGGUGUGAGUUCCUGUCUGUCUCUCCUCACUGGCUCAAUCGCCUUGUCUUCCUCCCUCACUGGACCUACAUCCCCCACAAUGCCUUGGGGCAGGACGAGGCCGGUGGUUACGUUGAGGUGAUUGGUUCUCCUGUGCUUCUGUCUGCUGGUCCUGACCACGGACUGGUUUCCGCUGAUGGAGGAGGGGCGGGGCUUAUUAAAGCAGCGGGCGUCAGAGAGGCUGCAGCUUUAAUGCACAUCAGGGUUCCAGGUCAGAGACUGUCUGUCUGUGGACGGGUGGCUUCAGUCUGCCCUCUGCUGGUCGUGGCAGGAACAACCUUCUUCUGCUUCACACUGACUGAAGAGAAACACACGGUGUCCGUCCUCGUAAAGGUAGAAGUAUCUGAACCAUCGAGUUUUAAUACACCGACCGAGUUUCUCCACAACGUCCAUUUCCUGUACAGGCCCUGUCCAGACUUCUUUCCCAGCAUGCUUUGCACAUGUCUGCGCUCCAGCAUCAGGGUCACCAGCUUCAGCAGGGUGGGGGGGCGUCCACCCGACACCACCUGUCCAGGUGAUGGAGCGUUACCACGGUUACUGCUGGAGAAAAACAGGGGUGUGUCUGAGUACCUGUGGACGUGUCACCUGAGCUCACGGCUCUCACGCAGUUUGGUUCCCAGUGUGUUGAACCAGCAGCAGUGUGUCUGUGUGUUGUCCUGGAAACUGAUGGAGUUAAUGUGGGGACGAGAAAGAGGGCGGAGAGACAUCUACUCAGAGAUGUUGGACGAGUCUCACACGUGUCCUGUGACUCAGUACAGCGUUGACCCUGCAGUCCCUCAGUACGUCAGUGUCUCAGAGCUCGUCCUGUCUCUUCAGUCAGACUGUUGGUCUUCAGUGUCUCUCAGAUCUCUGUUGCCUCUCGAUGGAUCCAGUCUGAGCAGUUCUGAGAUCAAUGCAGCUCUGGCCUGGUCCUGCAGGACUCAGAGAUCUGACCCCAGAGACGACCUUCACAACGGAGACACACUCAGACAGCGCCCCCUGCUGCUGGUGGGGAUGUUGGAGCUUCCAUCUAAAACGUCUGAUGAUAAACACAGUCUGCAGCUCCGAGACGGGACAGCAGCAGUGACCUGUGUCGUCACAGAGACCAGUGAGGAAGAGGAGGGAGGUCAGAGGGCGGCCUUCAACACUGCCUGGAUAGGUUGUCUGGUGUGUGUCCAUCAGUUCACCAUGGUGACAGAGAGAUUCCUCCAAUCAGAUUUCCCCUCCUGUCAACACCUGCACCAGGACCAGUUCAUCACACACAAACACUGCAGAGUUUACCUGCAGUUCUCUCUGGACCACCUCCACAUCCUAAGUCCAUCUGUCGCCAUGGUAACUCUCCUGAGACAGAGGGGCGUGGCAUCAGCAGGUGAUGUCAGUGACAGGAAACAGCUAGCAGGAGAAGAGAGGAAGAGGAGGAGGGAGGAGCCGGACUUCCCCCACUCUGCCUCCUCUGUUGCCAUGGCAACAUGCCUGGUGGGCAGCGCCUCCCGUCCCUGUGUUUCCAUAGUGUUCAGGGCGGAGCAGAAGGAGGGCGUGGCCCGGAGGAAUAUGAGUGUGGAGUUGGGUGCUGAGGGGGAGGGGUUUGUGCUGGACUUCACUAUCCGAGUUGCGGUGAUUGGUCCAGUGGUCAGCUGGGGGCGGGACCCAAAGAACGUCCAAAUGACAGAUAGAGAGACAAAGAGAGAGGAGGAGAAGGUGGUCCUGGUGUUCUCAGGUGUGUCUGCUAGAUGGUUCCCUCUUCUUCAGCCUGGGUGCUACUACAGACUCGUCGCUGCUAACACUCAGGAUCCCAGUGUUCUGAUUGGUUGUGAUGUUUCUGGGCGGAGUGGAGUGGAGCUGCACACUGACUCCACCCUACAGAUCCAAUCCCAUUGGAGGUUCCACACCAUGGCACGCCCACUGCCGCUGCACACCUGCAGACAGGCUCUCUCGCCCACAGUCCUGUCUGUCUCUGACGUCCUGGACUGCAGCUCAGAGCUGGUGUGUUUUCAGGGUCUGGUGUUGGACAGAAUCAGUUUGAACAACAGGACGUCUGACUGUGGACACACACACACAGGUGUACGUCUCACCAUGUGUGACCGAGGUGGGAGGAGUCUCAAGGUGUACCUGGACUUAAGCCACACACCCUACCCACCUGGCCUGUUGCCAGGCAACACACUGAGGCUGUCUGCUUUCCAGAGGAGGCUGUCCAGGUCAGGGGGUGUGUACUGCAGCAUGUUACCUGUCAGCUCCGUCAGUGUCGUCUCUCUGGGAGACUCCAGAUCUGCUCCGCCUCCUCCUGCUCCCAUCAUGCAUCUGGGUCCAUGGGCCAUGAGCGGGGGGCAGAGUUGCACUGUGGGUCAGGUCAAAGGUCACGUGGUGUGUUUCCUGUUUGUGCAGCUGCAAUGGAGCUGCUCGCUGUGUGGGAGUCUUUACUCUCAG